AUGGAGAGCACCUCGCAAGACUUCGCGUGUGCUCACAGAUGGGUACCCACCAACGAGACCGUCUACAGGCUCAGCCCCAGGCUGCGGUGGAUCCUCCUGUACUGGUUCGUCUCCAUCAUCUUCAUGGACUACAUCAACACCUUCGGGUACGACCGAGUGCCCAUGAACUCUCCUCCUCUCCCGGACAUCGGCUUCGACGCCAUCGCCAAGGUGUCUGGCAGUGAGGCCCCGGUGUCGCUGCCUUUCAACCCCACGGACUUCGCCACGAUCUGCAUCUGCGCUUCAGUGAUCCUGCUGUCAAUCUACGAGUGGCGGACGUGUCGGAACAGGAAGCUGAAGCACCUCUUCGCCAUCUACGCCAUCCUCAUGAAUAUGCGGACAGUCACUAUCAUCUCCACCACCCUCCCCAUCCCCUACACCAAGGGCCCCUGCCGAGACGACCAUCGGCCCAUCACCAACAGGUUCCUGACGGGGCUGGGAUAUGCCUUUGCGCUGGGGUUCAAGCAGUUCCUGUCGACGCCUCAGUGCGGGGACCUGAUCUUUUCCGGUCACACCACCUUCAUGUGGAUCUUCACCCUCCACCUCCUGCGUCACGCCAGCAUCCUCACAACAGUCGGAAUAAAGCGACGCCGGGUCUACCCUUGA